GAAGAGGUUUAAGGCUAAAAGUUUAAAGGCUAGUAUUAGAGUCCUUGAUUGGGUAGUAUAAGAAUUCCACUCCUCCGAUCUCAUCUCUGUUCUCCAAGGCUAUGAAGGCUGGACAGGAAGCAACUAUUUCCUCAAAGCUGCUUUCCUCCUGGGCAGAGCCUUGGUCACAAACAACCACCAACACCAGCUCCGCCCCUCCAUCCCCCUCCACUGUUGAUCUCAGAGCAGCAGAACAAAGUGCUUGGGCAAGAACAGCGAGCUGGGAGCAGUCAUGGACUGGGGAGCCCUGAGCUUCCUCAGGGUCAGAUGGCCCCUGGCUUUCCUUCUUUCUCUUUGCUCUGGAAGCAUGGCUCAGGACUCUCCACCCCAAAUCCUCAUCCACCCCCAGGACCAGCUGCUCCAGGGCCCUGGCCCUGCCAAGAUGAGCUGCCGUGCCUCAGGCCAGCCACCUCCCACUAUCCGCUGGCUGUUGAAUGGGCAGCCUCUGAGCAUGACCUCCCUGGAACUACACCAUCUCCUUCCUGAUGGGACUCUCCUGCUGAUGGGACCCCCUGCGCAGGGACAUGCCUUGAAUGACCAGACAAACCUGGGUGUCUACACCUGUGAGGCCAGCAACCACCUGGGCACAGCUGUUAGCCGAGGUGCUCGGCUGUCUGUGGCUGUCCUUCAGGAGGAUUUUCAGGUCCAGCCUCGGGACAUGGUGACCAUGGUGGGCAAGCAGGUUAUUCUGGAGUGUGAGCCACCCUGGGGCCUCCCAGAGCCCACAGUCACAUGGUGGAAGGAUGGGAAAUCCUUGACCCUACAGCCAGGCCGGCAAAUGGUGUCCAAGGGUUCCCUGCUGGUGACUAAAGCUGAGAAAAGUGACUCGGGGACCUACAUGUGUGUGGCCGCCAAUAAUGCUGGGCAGCGGGAGAGCCGGGCAGCCAGGUUGUCUGUUCAAGAGCCCCAGGUCUACAAACAGCCCCUAGAGCUCCUGGCUGUGCGCAUUCAGCUGGAAAAUGUGACUCUGCUGAACCCUGACCCUGCAAAGGACCCCAAACCUGGGCCUGCUGUGUGGCUCAGCUGGAAGGUGAGUGGCCCUGCUGCCCCAGCUCAGUCCUAUACAGCAUUGUUCAGGGCCCAGCCUGCCCCAGGAAGCCAGGCGGCUCCAUGGGCAGAGGUCCUGCUGGCUGGAUGGCAGAAUGCAGAGCUUGGGGGACUCUUCUGGGGCCAAGACUAUGAGUUUAAAGUGAGACCAUCCUCCGGCCGUGCUCAAGGUCCUGACAGCAACGUGCUACUUCUGAGGCUACCAGAACAAGUGCCCAGUGCCCCUCCUCAGGAGGUGACUCUGAAGCUCAACAAUGGCAGUGUCCUUGUGAACUGGGUCCCACCACCUGCGGAAAGCCACAAUGGCAUCAUCCGUGGCUACCAGGUCUGGAGCCUGGGGAAUACCUCGUUGCCUUCAGCCAACUGGACUGUAGCAGGUGAACAGACCCAACUGGAGAUUUCCACCAGAAUUUCAGGUUCCUAUUGUGUGCAAGUGGCUGCAGUCACCAGCGCUGGAGCUGGGGAGCCCAGCAGCCCCGUGUGCCUCCUUUUAGAACAGGCUCUGGAGCAAGCUGCUAGUGGCCGUGAUUCCCGGACCCUGGAGCAGCUGAGGGCCAUUCUGAGACGGCCAGAGAUCAUUGCCAGUGCAGGGGUCAUACUCUGGCUGCUGCUUCUGGGCACUGCUGUGUGUGUCCACCGUAGGUGUCGAUCUGGGGUGCACCUGGGUCCAGGUCUCUAUCGGUAUACCAGUGAGGAUGCCAUCCUCAAACACAGGAUGGACCACAGUGACUCCCCCUGGCUGGCAGACACUUGGCGGUUCCCCUCCGGCUCUCGGGACUUGAGCAGCAGCAGUAGCCUCAACAGCCGUCUGGGCGUAGACUCCCAGGACCCUCGGGAUUGCCAUCGCUCCUUGAUCUCCUGGGAGCCCCGAAGCCCUGGUGUGCCCCUGCUUCCAGAUACAAGCACUUUUUAUGGGUCCCUCAUUGCUGAGCUGCCUUCCAGGUCCCCAAACCAGCCAACCCCCAAGGUCCCAGUGGUCAGGUGCCUCCCGGCCCAGUUGGCCCAACUUUCCAGUCCCUGGCCCAGUUCAGAUAGUCUCUGCAGCUGUCGGAAACUCUCUUCUCCUCGCUUAUCUCUGGCCCCUGCAAAGACCUGGAAGACCAAAAAGAAGCAGGAGUUGCACCAGGCCAAUAGCUCUCCACUGCUCCGCACCAGCCAUGCAAUGGAACUCUGGGCCUGGGACUUAGGAGACAGAGGCUCUACGAAGCAUUCUCCAAGUCCAGGUGUUGUGUCCCGAGAUACAGUUGCCUGCCAGGCCCUGGGACCCCAGCUCCUCAGCUCCUUGAAGGCUCCAGAGGCUACUCCUCCUCUCGUCAGUUCAUCAUCUUCUCUUCUUGGAACUCAGAGUCAACAGACCCAGAAUUUGGUGGAACCCCAAGCUUCUUCUCACAUCUCAUUGCCAGCAGUCCCCAUCACCAUCUCCUCAAAUCCUCCCAGCCUUUCCAGCCCUGGGGCCUCAUCCCUCUCUGGUCCCAGCCCAGCUUCAAGUCACUUGUCCAGCUCUUCACUUUCAUCACUGGGAGAAGAUCAGGACAGUGUAUUGACCCCUGAGGAGGUGGCCCUGUGCUUGGAGCUCAGUGAAGGUGAAGAGACCCCCAGGAAUAGUGUGUCUCCUGUGCCAAGAGCUCCUUCACCCCCCAUCACCUAUGGGUACAUAAGUGUCCCAACAGCCACAGAGCUAGCAGACAUGGGAAGUGCUGCAGGGGAAGGGUUCAAUGUGGGUAGCCUGCUGUGCCCACCUCGGCCCUGUCCCACUCCUACUCCCAGUGAGGGCUCUUUGGCCAAUGGCUGGGGCUCAGCCUCUGAGGACAAUGCCCCCAGCACAAGAGCCAGCAUCAUCAGCUCUUCUGAUGGCUCCUUCCUGGCGGAUGCCCACUUUGCCCGUGCUUUAGCAGUGGCUGUGGACAACUUUGGCUUUGGUCUGGAGUCCAAGGAGGCAGACUGUGUUUUCACUGAUGCCUCAUCAUCUCCUUCCCCCUGGGAUGACCUCUUCCUGACCUCAAGCUUAUCACUACCCAUGUGGGAAUGGAGGUCAAACUGCUUGGAAGACAUGGAGAACAACCACAUUCAACAGUUGGGAAGGGGGCUUCCUUCAUGGCCCCUUACGUCCCAGGUGUCUUCCCAGAAAAAUCAGCUUGGCUACCCUACACCCAAGGCUGGAGGCUCCUGAUGAACAGUGGACUGAGACUGCCAAGCAGCACAUCGGAAACCACUUUCCUGCCAGCCUACAAGACUUGGGUGGUAGACUUUGAGUCUCAUUUCUGAAAUGUGGGGCCUCCCUUUCCACCCUCAGGAAUUGUGAAAACAAGAGAGAGCAAAAUAAAAUUAGAGCGAAGCAGA